ACCCAAGCUGAUUCAUUCUUCGGUUAGCAUGACCCAGAUCUAAACCCAAGCCCAAUGAGAACGAAAAAUCGAAACAUCAACGAAGAAGAAAGUAAAGUAACCAAAAUCAAGUCCCUCGCCCCACCCCAAAAAAUCCCCAAAUUUCGAAGCAAAAUCAGGGAGGGAGAGGGUGAGAGCGAGAGAGCAAAAGCAAGCAAUUAAUCGAAAAAUGGAGCCUUUCAUUGGCGCCAAUCCCAUUCCCCUCCUCUAAAUCCUCAAAUCAAACCCCAGUUAGGGUUUCAAUCCCGGAUCGGAUCUGAGGGUUGAUCAUCUCAGUACCAGAUCUAACCCCAGAUCCAAUCCUCUCAAAACCCUAAUGCCCUCUCGAUCCUCCUCCUCCGCCAUGGCUCGCCUCAGUUCCAUGACCCCCAGCUAUCAAAGAAGCACGAAGACUCCACGUCAUCAUCGUCAGUCGCCAUCCCCUGACGCCCUCGCCUGCGUCAUCAACUCCGAGGUCGCCGCCGUCCUCGCCGUCAUCGCGCCGCACGUCCGCUGGGGCGGCCGUUACGCGUCCGCCGCGACGACCACCUCGACCCAACUCCUCUCCAGUCCGCUCAAGUCCGUCCGCCGCCAGAUCUUCUCCUGGGACACGACCGCGCUGGGCCUCCGUGGACCCCACUCCUACCCGCCUUUCCUCGACGUCAUCCGAUCGACGAGAACCGGGCCCCCCCGAUCACCGGCGUCGCGUUAUCAUCAAGUCUACAAGAUCUUGACCCUCGAUGCCUUGGAUCCGAGGGCUACGUUUAAUGUGGGCGAGGCGAUGCAGGUCGUCGUUGGAUGCGGUUCGAGCUGCCGGUUUGAAGUGACCGACCCGGCCUCAGAGGAGGCGGUGCUAAUGAAGAUCCUGCAGGUUUUGCUUGCUUGUAUGAAGAGCAGAGCGUCGGCGGUGCUCAGUAAUCAGCAUGUUUGUACUAUUGUGAAUACUUGCUUUCGGGUUGUUCAUCAGGCUGGGACGAAAGGGGAAUUGCUUCAGAGGAUCUCCAGGCAAACAAUGCAUGAGCUUAUUAGAUGCAUCUUCUCGCAUUUGGCUGAGGUUAAUGGAGAUGGGAGCGAGAGGAGCAACGUGAAGCAGCCUGAGAUGGGCGGGGUUGACAUGGAUCAGGGUUUUGGAAUUGAACAAGCGGAGAAUGGAAAUGGAGGUGAUGGGACUGUUGUGGGAGCUGAGAAUGGCUUGGUAGCUGCGGAAGUGCCAAAUGGGAUGAGGGCCAUGGUGGAGCCUUAUGGAGUUCCUUGUAUGGUGGAGAUAUUUCACUUCUUAUGUUCUCUUUUGAAUGUUGUCGAGCAGAUUGGGAUGAGUCCUAGGUCGAGUCCUAUAGCUUUCGAUGAAGAUGUGCCUCUUUUUGCUCUUGGUUUGAUCAAUUCGGCUAUUGAGUUAGGGGGUUCUUCGAUAGGUAAACACCCGAAACUGCUGGCUCUCAUACAGGAUGAGCUGUUUAGGAAUUUGAUGCAGUUUGGCCUGUCAAUGAGCCCUCUCAUUCUCUCCAUGGUUUGUAGCAUUGUUUUGAAUCUCUAUUACCAUUUGAGGACGGAGCUGAAGCUACAGCUAGAGGCAUUCUUCUCCUGUGUGGUUUUGAGACUAGCACAGAGUCGGUAUGGGGCCAGUUACCAUCAGCAGGAGGUUGCAAUGGAGGCUCUUGUGGAUUUUUGUAGGCAGAAGACGUUUAUGCCCGAGAUGUAUGCUAACUUGGACUGUGACAUAACUUGUAGCAAUGUGUUUGAGGACCUUGCAAACCUUCUCUCAAAGAGCGCAUUUCCAGUAAAUUGCCCGUUGUCUGCUAUGCAUGUCCUUGCUUUGGAUGGUUUGAUUGCUGUGAUUCAAGGAAUGGCAGAUAGAAUAGCUAAUGCACCUCCUCGAAUGGAAGAAGCAUCAGUUGAACUCGAGGAGUAUUCCUCCUUUUGGACAGUAAGAUGUGAAAACUACUCUGAUCCUGAGCAUUGGGUUAGAUUUGUUCGUCGACGGAAGUACAUAAAAAAGAGGCUGAUGAUUGGUGCAGAUCACUUCAACAGAGAUCCAAAAAAGGGAUUGGAGUUUCUUCAGGGCACCCAUCUUUUGCCUGAAAAACUCGACCCGCAGAGUGUGGCAUGCUUUUUCCGGUACACUGCAGGGUUGGACAAGAACCUUGUUGGAGAUUUCUUGGGCAACCAUGAUGAGUUUUGUGUUCAGGUUCUACAUGAAUUUGCUUGGACAUUUGAUUUUGAAGGCAUGAAUCUCGAUACUGCCCUAAGGCUGUUUCUAGAGACAUUCAGGCUGCCAGGUGAGUCUCAGAAGAUACAAAGAGUGCUCGAGGCUUUCUCGGAAAGAUACUAUGAGCAGUCGCCUCAGAUUCUUGCUAAUAAGGAUGCUGCUCUUCUGCUAUCGUACUCCCUUAUAAUGCUCAACACAGACCAACACAAUGUGCAGGUAAAGAAGAAGAUGACUGAAGAGGACUUCAUUCGAAAUAACCGUCACAUCAAUGGUGGAAAUGACUUACCUAGAGAAUUUUUGUCUGAGCUUUACCACUCAAUCUUGCAAAACGAGAUAAGGACCAUUCCUGACCAAAGUAUCGCUUUCCCUGAAAUGACCCCCAGUCGUUGGAUAGAUUUGAUGAGGAAAUCAAAGAAGACAUCUCCAUACAUCAUUUGUGAUUCUCGUCCUUUCCUAGAUCAUGAUAUGUUCGCAAUCAUGUCAGGCCCCACAAUUGCUGCAAUCUCUGUGGUUUUUGAUUAUGCCGAGCAUGAAGAAGUCUUUUUGACUUGUCUGGAAGGAUUCUUAGCUGUGGCGAAGAUAUCAGCGUACCAUCAUUUGGAAGAUGUACUCGACGAUUUAGUUGUGUCCCUUUGCAAGUUCACUACUCUUCUCAAUGCUUCCUUAGUUGACGAGCCAGUUACUGCUUUUGGAGAUGACUCAAAAGCUAGGAUGGCGACCGAAGCUGUGUUCAACAUAGCAAACAGAUAUGGAGAUUUCAUACGUACAGGUUGGAGAAAUAUACUGGAUUGUAUCUUGAGGCUGCAUAAGCUAGGCCUACUUCCUGCUCGUGUUGCUAGUGAUGCUGCUGAUGAUUCUGAGCUCCCAUCAGAUACAGUUCAUGGGAGGCCUCCUCCAAGCUCUCUUUCCACAUCUCUUCCAUCUAUGGGGACCCCCCGACGAUCCUCUGGGCUCAUGGGGAGGUUUAGCCAGUUAUUGUCUCUUGACACAGAGGAACCGAGGUCACAACCAACUGAACAGCAACUUGCUGCUCACCAAAGGACUCUUCAGACUAUACAAAAAUGUCAUAUAGACAGUAUAUUCACUGAAAGCAAGUUCCUUCAGGCUGAUUCCCUACUACAUCUCGCUCGGGCCCUUAUUUGGGCAGCAGGUCGGCCUCAGAAAGUCACCAGCUCACCUGAUGAUGAGGACACUGCUGUUUUCUGCUUGGAGCUACUUAUUGCGAUUACCCUCAAUAAUCGGGAUAGAAUUGUUCUCCUUUGGCAGGGGGUGUAUGAGCACAUAGCCAACAUUGUUCAGAGUACCGUAAUGCCUUGUGCCCUUGUAGAGAAAGCUGUCUUUGGACUUCUCCGGAUUUGUCAGAGGUUACUUCCUUAUAAAGAAAACCUUGCUGAUGAACUCCUUAGGUCACUUCAACUGGUUUUGAAACUUGAUGCCCGAGUGGCUGAUGCAUAUUGUGAGAAUAUAACACAAGAAGUAACGAGGCUAGUGAAGGCAAAUGCCACACAUAUAAAAAGCCAUACAGGAUGGCGCACCUCUUUGCUAUCCAUAACUGCUCGACACCCUGAGGCUUCUGAAGUGGGAUUUGAGGCGCUGGUGUUUAUAAUGUCCGAAGGGGCUCACCUUUCACCAGCCAACUAUGUUCUCUGUAUUGAGGCAGCAAGGCAAUUUGCAGAGUCUCGGGUUGGACUAAUAGAUAGAUCUGUACGUGCGCUGGAUCUUAUGGCAGAAUCAGUAGUUUGCCUUGCUCGUUGGUCUACUGAGGCCAAAGAAGCAGGUGAAGAGGCUGAGAAGAUACAAGAAGGGAUUAGGGAGAUGUGGCUGAGGCUGGUGCAGGCAUUGAAGAAAGUGAGUAUAGAUCAGAGGGAGGAAGUUAGGAAUCAUGCUAUAACAUCUCUUCAGAGAUGCCUUGUGGGAGCUGAGGGAAUUUGCCUCUCUCCCUCUUCUUGGCUGCAGUCUUUUGACCUAGUUAUAUUUGCUGUUCUUGAUGAUCUUUUGGAGAAUGCUCAGAGUCAGUCACAGAAAGAAUACCGAAACAUGGAGGGCACCCUUUUGAUUGCCAUGAAGUUGUUAUCCAAGGUCUUUUUGCAGCUUUUACAAGAGCUUUCUGGACUUAGUAGCUUCUGCAAGCUGUGGCUUGGUGUUCUUGGUCGCAUGGAGAAGUACAUGAAGGUGAAGGUGAGAGGAAAGCGAAGUGAGAAACUUCAAGAAUUGAUUCCAGAGCUACUGAAGAACACAUUGCUUGUGAUGAAAACCAAAGGUAUUCUUGCAAAGAGGAGCACAAUAGGAGGAGACAGCUUAUGGGACCUUACUUGGCUUCAUGUGAACAACAUUGCACCAUCUCUACAGACUGAGGUGUUCCCAGAUCAAGAAUCUGAGCAGACCGAUAGAAGUGGUUCAGGGGUUGAGGAAGGCAAUCAGGGUGGAGGUUGAUCUCUUGCUUUCUUAGUGGGAUUUGUAGAAAUUUUAAAGACUGUUCUUAACAAAGUGGACUUCGUGGGUCAUCAUCAUUGAAUUUACGAAGAAAAUUUUGAUCAGUGACUUCCUGCAGGUAUAAUGUAUUUUUUUGUGUAUUUCUUAUAUAAGUUUUUCGAUCAUCAA